AAACCCUAACCCCUCCUUCGUUUGCCCAUCCUCGUGACGGCUCCUCGCCAGUCGCCUCGUCUCUCCCUGCCGCGUCGCCUCCAGUUCCGCCUCCGCCGCGCCUCCCGCCUCCGCCGCGCCUGACGAACGCAGUAUAGGACUGUGCAGGUAGAGAGGAGGAGGGUCCGGCGAGAUGGGGAUGCGAGAUAAGAAGCGGAACCAGAAGCGAGUGCUCGCGCGCCGUACCGCGGCACCGCGCCCAGGCGAGGGCAAGGAUUUCCUGCCGCUGGAAGGAGGCCCCGGUAAGAAGCAUCUGAAGGUGCAGCAGCCUGAAGAGCCCGAAAACACAGCCACAAUCGUCUACAUUGGGCAUAUCCCCCAUGGUUUCUACGAGGACGAGAUGAAAGGGUUCUUUAAGCAGUUUGGGGAUAUUAAGAGGCUUAGGAUCGCUCGUAACCGCAAGACAGGAAAGUCCAAGCACUAUGGAUUCAUUGAGUUUGAGAACCCUGCUGUGGCAAAGGUCGUAGCAGAUGAGAUGAAUAACUAUCUCUUGUUUGAGCGCACCUUGCAAGUUGCACUUGUUGAGCCAGAGAAAGUUCAUCCUAAAUUAUGGAAAGGGGUGCGAAGGGGAUUUAUACCUGUUGAUCGAGUAGCAAUUGAACGGAAGAGACACAACAAGGAUAAGACUGUAGCAGAGCACAAAAAGAUGGUUGAAGGAAUUGUAAAGCGGGAUGGAAAGCGUCGCAAAAGAAUCAAGGCAGCUGGUAUUGACUAUGAGUGUCCAGCUCUUAUAGGGAGCAUUCAACCAUCAGCGAAAAAGAUCAAGUUCGAUGAGGCAUAGUAUUUUAUUCUAAUGGGCUGUUGGAUCCUUAGUAGACGAGGCGGUGGAAUGGUUGAGCAAUAUAUUCACCUUUUGAGGAGACGGCAGACAACUAUGUAUUUCACUUUUGAAUUUCUCUAUGUUUUAUGAAUGACACCGACACAGAUGUUACAACUUAAGUAUGAAAAUGCAAUGGGCGAUGUGUUCUUAA